ACAGUUUACUCAAAUAAAAACUAAUAACUCCGGCGAUACUUACUACAAGUUCUACAUCGUAUCAUAUAUAAAUAAAAAAAUGUUCUCUUACGAUUAUUUAAUUUUACUUAGUAAUAUUUUAAUUGUAGCAGUACCCGUACACUCUCAAAGCAAACCAAGCCUUGGAAUAUCAUCAUGUUAUUAUGUUGGUGAUGUCUAUGUAGAUUGUGGUUCACAGAAUGUCAGUAUUGCGGAAAUACCAAAGGAGUGCACGGCUAUAAUUGUUGAUGGAAUUGAUAUGACUGAAAAAAACAAAGUCAAAUCACCUGGCGAAGAAAAACAAUUUCCAGCUGACUUAGACUUAAUAUUGAAAAGUUCUAAGAAUGUAUUUAUAUUUUACGGACACCAUACUGAAGAAGAAUGGGCUCAAGUACUUAACACUGAAAAUGAUCAUAAAGAAAAAAAAUUAAACGAAGAAAUGAAAGCCUUAAAAACUUAUUUGGACCAGCAUCCGGGGAUAAAAGGUCUAAUUAUUAAAAAUUUAGAAUUUGAUGCAAACUCCACCAAUGUUUCAAACUACUCGGAAAAUUUAAAAGUUUAUCUUGAUGCGAUGAGAUCGAAUUUUCCUAAUAUGUCUAUUGGCCUUUUUUUGGGAGGAAAAUUUGUAGUAGAUCAGUAUAACAACCCAAAAUUAACUUGGUUGAAUUUCACAAUAAUAGAUCCGUCAGUAGAUUUCUACAUCAUUUCUGUAGUGACCUUUAAUGAAUGUACUGAUCAAUUCAGACUUCUUGGAACCGCACCAAUAGGAAAACUUCCUUCAAUAACUAGUACAGGUGUAUCACAAUCAAAUGUGUCAAAAAUAAGUUCAACGAAUUCAACAAGCACAGGUUCAACGAAUUCAUCAAGCACAGGUUCAACGAAUUCAUCAAGCACAGGUUCAACAAAUUCAUCAAGCACAGGUUCAACGAAUUCAUCAAGUACAGGUUCAACGAAUUUAACGAUGCCAGAUACAAACUACACAUUGAGUAAUUUAGUAGGUAUUUUAGAGGACAUAUUUGUGCCACCAAAUAAAACAUAUUAUAUGUAUAGAUUGGGCCCAUUGAGCAAUGAUAAUUCAACUAAAGCAAUGUGUGAAACGACUGUUACCAAGAUUUGUUUAAAUUCAACUGAUUCAAGUUCUUGGUGUUACGAAACUAUAGACUCGUUUAAUGCAAAAGGUGAAUUUGCCAAAGACAAUGGAGCAGGAUUUGUAGUUAAUUCUAUAAAAAUAGAUGAUCCUAAAAAUGUUUGUAAGUGUGGACCAUACCCUUCGUUUAACGCUAUUCUAGAUGGUUUUAAUGGUAAUAAAUCUAAUAUCACAAAAGAAUGUGCUUUAUCAAACAGAUCUUAGAAGAUAUAGCUAAACAAUUUUUGGACGAUAUGCAUCACCUCAUAUUUAAUCAUUUUGUAUUGUUUUACUAAAAUAAUUUUUAAUUUUCAUUUACGGUCUUGAUUUAUGCUAUGAUAAUAUUAUUUAAG